AUGCGCUCUGAACUCAAACUGCAGCUCAAGAGUCAUCUACCUUUGUUCAGCGUAUUAUCUGUGCGCACUAAAUUUUUAAAAGUUAAGUUUUAUCUAUCUAUCUAUCUAUCUAUCUAUCUAUCUAUCUAUCUAUCUAUCUAUCCCAUUCUCAAUCUGUCUCUUUCUCAGUCUAUCUAUCUAUCUAUCUAUCUAUCUAUCUAUCUAUCUAUCUAUCUAUCUAAUAGUUAUUCAUGGGGCGAGUUCACAACUAUAAACCGAACUGAGUAUAUAAUAGUAACGAGGAAAGAAACUAACUCGUUAAGCAUCGCGAGGUGCAGAUAUAUACAUGACGAUGCAAGUGUUUUGUGGGUUCCCACCGAUUCUAUGAUGCAUACUCCUCCCCCCACCCCGAAUUUGACCGAGCAGAAAAUCAAUGUACAUUCCGUUGCCCCUAUCUAUCUAUCUAUCUAUCUAUCUAUCUAUCUAUCUAUCUAUCUAUCUAUCUCUGUUCAUAUCUAUCUAUCUAUCUAUCUAUCUAUCUAUCUAUCUAUCUAUCUAUCUAUCUAUCUAUCUCAGUCUGUUCAUAUCUAUCCUUCUAUCUAUCUAUGUAUCUAUCUAUCUAUCACAGUCAGUUCAUAUCUAUCUAUCUAUCUAUCUAUCUAUCUAUCUAUCUAUCUAUCUAUCUAUCUAUCUAUCUAUACAGGUUUAUCUAAAUAUGUUUUAUCUAUCUAUCUAUCUAUCUAUCUAUCUAUCUAUCUAUCUAUGUCUAUUUAUCGAUCUACAUAUCUAUCUAUACAGAUCUAUCUAAAUAUGUUUUUUAUCUAUCUAUCUAUCUAUCUAUCUAUCUAUCUAUCUAUCUAUCUAUCUAUCUAUCGAUCUACAUAUCUAUCUAUAUAG